CGCGGGGGCUGGAGAAGCAGCCGACACCUCCAAUUGCAUCGGAAUCCCUCUGGGCCUCUGAUUUGAGCUCUUACAUCAGCAAACUGAAAAAAUAGAAACAACCCAACAACAGAAAACACAGCCCCAAACCUGGACGUUUAUACAGAAAAAGAGCAUCACAAAUUCCUAAUAGCUAUGAAGCGGGGACAGAGGCAGAACGAGCUCCUUCAGGCAGGACUGGGAUCUGAGCUCACACAAAUAGCUCCCUGGUGGACUCGUCCCAGGUUCCUACCCUACCCCAUCCCUUCGCCCUGCUCCGCUGAGGAAGACCCGGGGCUGCGACCGCGCCUGCGAUGAGCCACCUCUACGGAAGCCCCCUCCCUGCCAUGGGCAGCCCCCCCGUGCUGUACCUCCCGGCUGCCCUGGGGUUCGCCCCGAGCGGUGCCAUAUCCCGGCAGGACCCCCCGCAGAAGCCCCCCUACAGCUACAUCGCCCUUAUCGCUAUGGCCAUCAAAGAAGCUCCGGAGCAGAAGGUGACCCUCAGCGGUAUCUACCAGUUCAUCAUGGACCGCUUCCCCUUCUACCACGACAACAAGCAGGGCUGGCAGAACAGCAUCCGCCACAACCUCUCCCUCAACGACUGCUUCAUCAAGGUGCCGCGAGAGAAGGGCCGGCCCGGCAAGGGCAGCUACUGGACGCUGGACCCGCGGUGCCUCGACAUGUUCGAGAACGGCAACUACCGCCGGAGGAAGAGGAAGCCCAAAGCCCCGGGGCCGCUGGAACCGAAGGGCAGCGGGGACCCGGGGCAUCCCGCCCGCCCCGACGAGCCCAAAAGGGCCAAGGGCAGCGCUGCGGCAGCCUCGGGAGACGAGGGGGUGCCGGGGCCGGGGGAAGCGGCUCCUCCUUCGGGUCCCCCCCGCUGCGGCGGUGCCCCGGCCCCGGCCGUACCCCGGCCGUCCGCUGCCGCUGCCCCUCCGCCCAAGAGCGGCCCGCGGGGUCGCAGCUUCAGCAUCGAGAGCAUCCUGGCCACAGGGCUGAGGCAGCCCCCCCCUGGGGCAGGCCCCAGGGCAGCCCGAGAGAGCCCCGUCGGUGGCCCCGUCGGUUCCCUGGUCGCCAGCGGCGGCUGCGGCCCUGCCUGUAGCGCCUCGCUCACGCUCGACUCCCAGGUGCACGGGAGGCUUUAUCACAUCGGCAUCCCCUUACUCUCCUGCUUCCCUCUCCACUUCUCCGAGGCGGUGUUUAAUUUGCAGUAGUUGCCCCCAUAAUUAACUAACACCCCUCCUCCUAUCGCUACUGUGUGUGUGUGUGUUUGGGGGGGUGAUGGGAGGGAGAGACCGGACUCAGCCCUUGCCAGGCGGGUAAAGACCAAAGGCACUCCCCCAAAAAGCGAUGUUAAAGGUGACUCAGGAUUUCAGGGCAUUGUCAAGACACGCAUUGCUGCGGAGCUCUCUUUAGCAAUUGCCUCCCACCCCCUACUGCCAGAUCGACUUUUAAAGGUAAACCAGUUUUCUUUUCCCUCGGUGGUGGAGGAGCAGAGGGGGGCUCAUGCUGACCCUCAGCCCCACCAGGUUGGUUCUGCACCUUUAGGCUUUGCAUCCCUCAGGUUCCUCAGACCUUGUUUCUGCCGAGCUCUUUGGGUCUCCAGUUUUCUUCUUUUUUAUUGUAUUUUUAUUAUUUUUUUAUUUCAAAACCCAAACCCACCCCUUCCAUCCCUGGGGGAAGAGGUUGAGUUGUGUUUUGCUAUUAAUACCCACGGGUGUCUGCACAUAGUAAUUCUUGGUACUGCUCUAUUGGUCCAGUCCUCUGAGAAGGUAAAAGGCAAGUAACCAGGCCUGAAACAAGGGGAGACCAAACAGUCCAGGCUCAUUCUGCACAGUCCUGCUCGCUUUGACUCAGCACUGUAUAUAUGGCAUUAACACAAGUUGUUUUCCUGCCUAGCGCUUAUGCUUACUGAAUAUCGCGACAGCGUUUCUUUCUCACUCAUGUGGCCAGAGAGAGGAAGACAAAUGAGCAAAAACAGUGGAUGUGGGGAUGUGGCCAGCUUCCGUAUCUUGCUGGGAUCAGUUGCUUCUGACCAAAAAAGACUGAAGCAGUGUUAUGGAGGCUGGUCUUGACAUUUUGAAGUAGCUCUGUUAACAACCCGGACAAAAGACAUCAGCUGUUUCCAAAGCCUUCUUUUGUCUUCCAGAAGGAAGAAUCCAGACACAAUAGA